AUGGACAACCAGACUAUUAUUGAAGGAUUUAAAAUGUUUGCAUUCUCCAACAAUACAGAGAGAAAGCCUCUUCUCUUCAUUUUAUUUUUCUUUCUAUAUAUACCCGGAAUCAUUGGGAAUGUAGUUAUAAUUAUAGUUGUAAUAGUGGAUGCUCAUUUACAUACUCCCAUGUACUUCUUUCUCUGCAACUUGUCCACAAUAGACAUCUUUUACACCACGGUCAUUUUUCCGAAACUGAUGGGUAUUCUGCUCACUGGGAAUAACUUAAUACCCUAUAUGCAAUGCAUUGCUCAGAUGUACUUUUUUGUAUUUACAGCUGGAACAGAGGUUACCUUAUUGUCCUGUAUGGCAUAUGACCGGUAUAUUGCCAUUUGUAACCCCUUACACUACCAUUUUAUUAUGAAUAAUAAGCAUGUUUUACUUCUUAUGUUCAUAAUUUGGACAAUAGGUUUGGGAAAUGCCUCUAUUUUUACUGGUUUUGUUUCCAAGUUAUCAUUUUGUCGUUCCAACAGCAUCCAGCACUUCUAUUGUGAUACCAAAGCACUUGCAAAAAUAUGUCCCGAAAUAACGUUUCACAUUAUUAUAUAUGUAGAUUGCAUGGUAUUUGGACUCUGCACUUUUUUGCUCAGUUUGACUUCUUAUAUUAAAAUAAUUAACAACAUUUUGCAUAUUAAGUCAAAAGCAAGUAGGAGAAAGGUCUUUUCCACCUGCACAUCCCACCUCAUCGUUCUUCUCCUGUUCUAUGUUACUUCUAUAUGCACAUACAUGAUGCCAACCUCAGGAAAGUCAGAUAAGUUAGAUCAGGUGUUCUCGGCUAUGUAUACGGCAGUGACCCCCAUGUUAAAUCCUCUCAUAUACAGUUUAAGAAAUAAAGAUGUAAAAUGUGCUUUGAGAAGAAUAGUUAUGAGGAUGAAUUCUAGACAUGUAAGUCAACGGUGA